CCCAUUUCACCGUAAUAUCUGUAUAUAAAUCGGCAGUUAAAGAAACCCUAAGGUUUUUCGUACUAGCUAAAUACACAAGUCUGUUGGCCGCUAUUUCUCAUUUAGACACAGAUCUUCCAAUCUUACAGCAAUGACAAAGCGGACAAAGAAGGCUGGUAUUGUUGGCAAAUAUGGUACCCGUUAUGGUGCCAGUCUGCGUAAGCAGAUUAAGAAGAUGGAGGUUAGUCAGCACAGCAAAUUUUUCUGUGAAUUCUGUGGCAAGUACGCUGUGAAGAGGAAGGCUGUCGGAAUUUGGGGUUGCAAGGACUGCGGCAAAGUCAAAGCAGGCGGUGCUUACACUUUGAACACUGCUAGUGCUGUGACUGUGAGGAGCACAAUCAGAAGGCUGAGGGAACAAACCGAGAGUUAAGCAUUAUUACGAAGCCUAUGUCACUAUUUUUAGGAUAUUCGCACUCUUGUUUUAGCGAUAGGCUACUUCGAAAUAUUUUGAGUUUGUUAAACCUAAUUUUCUUUAAAAGAGUUGAUUUUCAUCUAUGUAGUGUUCUUAACAUGGAAUUGAAAUCUCAUGAAUUUGAACCUCUUCAUUUGGUGCUUA